CAGUACUCAUGGUCGCCUUCUCAGCACUUCAAUGAAGAAAGAUACUCUCCUGCUCCGAGGAAUAUGAAAGGAUUAUCUGGUAGUCGCAACCAACCACAGUUAUGUUCAGCUCAUACUUGUGGCUUAGCAUCCCCUGAAGAUUGCGAACACACCCACGACCAUAUCCACCAUGGGCAGGAGCCAAGGCAAUCGUAUCUUCUCAGCCCCACGGAGAGUUGCCCGAUGGACCACCAUCGUUGCUCUCCACGCAGCUCCAUUCAUUCUGAAUGCAUGAUGAUGCCCAUGGUAAUGGGCGAUCACAUGUCAAGUAGCACUUUCCCCAGAAUGCACUACAGCUCUCAUUACGACUCAAGAGACGACUGCGCCAUGUCUCACGGUAACCCUAAGAUUAACCGUAUUCCUGCAAAUCUUUUGGACCAAUUUGAGAAACAACUUCCUCUUCACCGGGAUGGGUUUCACACUUUACAGUAUCAGAGGACCUCAACAGCUGCGGAACAACGCAGUGAGAGCCCAGGAAGAAUACGCCAUCUCGUUCAUUCAGUCCAGAAACUUUUUACUAAAUCUCAUUCUCUGGAAGGAUCAUCCAAGGGCAACGUUAAUGGAACGAAGGGAGACAGUCGAGGGGACGACCAUCAUCACGGGCACCAUUCCAAGCAUAGCAAAAGGAGUAAAAGUAAGGAGCGAAAACCAGAAAGCAAGCAUAAAUCUGGAAUGAGCAGCUGGUGGAGCUCUGAUGACAAUUUGGACAGCGAUAGCACUUACCGAACCCCCAGUGUGGUAAAUAGGCACCAUGCGGAUCAUAUAUCCCAUUGCUAUCCUGAGGCGCUCCAGGGGCAUUUUGGGGAUCUCUCAUUGAAGACUUCCAAAAGUAACAAUGACGUGAAGUGCUCGGCUUGUGAAGGGCUAGCAAUGACCCCUGAUGGUAAAUAUAUGAAAAGGAGUUCUUGGUCCACGCUUACAGUAAGUCAGGCUAAAGAAGCUUAUCGCAAAUCAUCACUGAACUUAGAUAAGCCUCUGGUUCAUCAGGAAAUCAAACCUUCCUUGAGGCCGUGCCAUUACCUUCAGGUACCUCAGGAUGAAUGGGGAGGAUACCCAGCUGGUGGGAAAGACGAAGAGAUCCCCUGCAGAAGGAUGAGAAGCGGGAGCUAUAUUAAGGCCAUGGGAGAUGAAGAAAGUGGAGACUCUGAUACUAGCCCCAAGACAUCACCAAAAUUAACAGUUCGACCAGAGUCAUUAUUAAAAUCCAUUGGACAAAGACCACUGGGAGAUCACCAAAAUCAGAGCUACCUUCAAACUGCAAGUGACGUGCCUGGGGGUCACAACCUGGAUCCCUCUGCAAACUACAAUUCCCCAAAGUUUCGCUCAAGGAAUCAGAGCUAUAUGAGAGCAGUGAGCACGCUCAGUCAGGCCAGCUGUGUUAGUCAGAUGAGUGAAGCAGAGGUUAAUGGGCAAUUUGAAUCGGUGUGUGAAUCAGUGUUUAGUGAAGUUGAAGCUCAGGCAAUGGAUGCCCUUGACCUCCCUGGAUGUUUCCGAACAAGAAGCCACAGUUACUUGCGUGCCAUUCAGGCAGGCUAUUCCCAGGAUGAUGAAUGUAUACCUGCGAUGGCAUCUUCCAACAUCACCUCAACUAUCAGGUCAGCCACAG